AUGGACGUCCUCGACCACCUCUGGGCCCACCGCGAGUCCACCUCUGGCUGGCCUAUUGAGAGCCACGAGGACGUUCUCGCCCCCUGGCUCUACUGGUUAUCCUUCACCCCCGAAAAACUCGCUACCUGCUCGCCCGCCCUCCGCACUAUGCUUGCGAAUCACGUCGGGUCGUACACCGUGUACGGCUUCCGUUACCCCCCUUCCUCACCCCCACAACAACUUCUGGGCAGCGGGCAGGCGUGGAGCGACCGGAUGAUGAGCCUGAGGGCGUGGCAGCCCCUCCCGCUCCGGGAGCCGAGUGAUGCGAUGGACGAGCUGAACGCGUACCGCGCCCACUCCUUCCUGGACGCAUACGCCAUCAAGCACACAGGGCGCGCGCGUGGCGGGAGGCGCAAGGUGGACAUGUGGAGGGAGGAGGAGAAUGCCGAGGUGCAGGCGUGGAAGGCGGAGAUCUUGGCGAGGAGGGCGGUGGAGGGCGAUGAAGACGAAAACACGGACCUCGACGUUGAACUAGACGGCGACGACGACAACCGCCACUCCGACCACUACCAUGACCACGAGAUGGACGACACGCAAGGCGGAGCAGCACAUAUCGACUGUGUGCACCGACAGGUCCAGGACGGGCUCGACACGGACGUUGAAGAGCUCAUCGACGCGGUCUCGAGCAAGGACGACGAAGAACACAAGCCGGAGGAUGCGCCCUCGCGCGCGGCGAGCCCGACAGACUCGGACAUGGACAUCGGGCGGACGUGCUCUGAGGUCGAAGACGUCUUCAUCACCGGCGAGGUUGCUUCUUUGACCCUUCCGCAAUACGCACAAGCCUGUCACAUAUGCCAGAACGAGCUGAACCGGCGUGUCCUGGCUGCUACGCUCUCGGCCUGUGCCGCGCUUCCAGCGCGCGCGCGUCUGCCACCGCCAUGGCCCGUGACGUCCACAAGCGGGAGCGUGAGCACCUCCAGGCGCGCGCGCACCGCAUGCCGUCGUGAGGUCGGCCGCGGCGAGGAGUGA